CAAAGUUACAAACAGCUGCAAUGGCGGACUCCACAAUACCUACGAAGACACUGCGAUGUCGCUACUUUGGCAUCCUUUUCUGUAUUUCGUACUAUUUACCGUCCAAUUCUCUUUGUCCAAAUCUAUCGGCAAUUUCCUUUCGCUCUAUUAUGUAUUUUCUAUUUGACAGACUUCUGCAGUACUUUCUCAACACAUCAUCCGUUCUCCAAUGGCACAACUUCAAAAGGAAAAAUAUACACGUGCCAGAGAUGACCCUUUUUUCGAUGGCAUGCGAAGAGGUGAGGCAGCAGUCAUCAGCAAAGGAAUUGGUCUAGACAUUCUUAGAAAAGCCACAAAGAAUGACAUAACGAGGUCGGCCUCGGAUGUUGGUAAACGAGGACAGAAAAAGAUUCAUGUGGAAUUAUCUGAAAAUGAUGCUUAUUAUGAUAGAAAUUUUACUAAUUCAGAUUCAGAAAGUUUUCGUGGACCUCUUGGUCAGUCAUUCUCUGCGAGGUCAUCAGCAGCUUCCACGAUGAGUUCCUCCCCUUUGGGAAGUCCUCGGUCUGGCUUGAAGUUUGAUUUGCAUGAUAUAGAUGAGUCUACCAUGCAGUCUAGUCAAAGAUCACUUGAAGCAAAUGGAGUGUACUAUUUUCCUAGUGGCUUACCUUUGCCUGCCUAUGAAAGAUCUUAUAGCGUGACCAAGAGAAAUACAUCUAUCUCUGACAUUCCACUUCCUCAAUCGGCAGCGUUGUUCUACUGCGGAUAUUCACCGCAGCUGGAAGUUGUUGGAUCAUGUCAAGGAAUUCACAGGCUGAAUAUUUUUCUGAAGGCAAGAAGAGAUGAUGUUAGUGCAGGAGUUCCAUCAAGAUUCUUGCAUGCAGUGAUUGGCCCAGACUGCUGCGAUGUUGGAUCUGUUGCUUCAACCAUAACGUAUGCUUUUUACUUGAAUGAAACAUUAAAUGACAACCAGUUAUGCACUGUGCCCGUCAUCAACAUGAAGAGGUCGGACAUUCAUUCUCAUGCUGAGCUCAGAUGGCUACUUGAUUCUUGCUUUCUUGAUAAAUCUUCCUUGAUUUUUAUUGAUGAGAUUGACCUUUCCUACUACGAUUUAUAUGGGAGUCUUAAACUUGUUUUAGUCAACCAAUGCAAGCUUCCAGCUAAUCAGGAGGCAUUAAAGGAUGCAGUGGUUGAAAUCUUCAAUUGCAGAGAGGAAAAUACACCUUAUUCUUCAGUUGGUUCUAUCACCCUUGGGAAGGAGGCAUCAUGCUGCACACUUAUUGCUGACAAGUUUGCAUGCACUGCACCAGAGAUACUGGCGGGUCAAGGGUUCAGUCGACUUCUGUUAGCAGGUAUACUCGUCGAUACUGGAAAUUUGACAAACCCACAGACUACAACAACGGAUAAGUACAUGACCACCUUGUUGAUAAAUGGAGCAGGUCGAUUUGGAUGUAACGGUCUUUAUGAAAUUUUUAGAUACAAAUUGCAUGAUGCAACUGACCCAAAGCAGGAGAAGUUUUACAAAAAGAUAUUAAAAGAUUGUCAAAACCGGAUGCAGCUGACCCCAGAGCAAAAGUUUUGCAAACAGAUAUUAAAAAGUUGUCAAAGUCAGAUGCAGCUGAGCCCAGAGCCGGAGAAGUUUUACAGAAAGAUAAUAUAAAUUUGUCAA